AUGGAUAUGGGCAAAAUAAAACCUAAAAAAAGCUGGAACCCGGAUCCAAAGGCUCUCGAAAUAACCAAACUGGUUGUCUACGGAGUAAAUUACGGCCAAGAUUUAGGCUGUGACCAGCGUAUAAAUACUUCCACGCCUGAAAUAGAUCGUCUUCCUAGACUAUCAUUCACUCAUACUCUCUCAAACUUCAAGGGAAAUACAAUCCCUCACGACAAGCUAAUGACAAUAUUCAACCUCACAAGGCUGAAUAUGCGCAGUUUGUACGAUGAAAAUGAUUUUGAUGGAGGAUGGAAUGACAAAAAGAAACUGGGAGAGCUAAAGUACCAUAAAACUCACAUCCUUAUAGUAAGCAAGGAGGAUUUAGAAAUCAUCGGAUUCGCGAGUUAUCGCUUCCUGAUAAUGCGCGAACAACAGCCUCCAACACCGGUAUGCUACAUUUAUGAAUUACAAAUAAAGGAUGAGUACAGAGGCCAGGGAUUGGGCAGAUUCUUGGUACAACUACUAGAAAUAAUCGCAAAAUACACUCUAUGUAAAAAACUCAUGUGCACCGUAUUAAAGGCCAACCACAGGGCACUAAAGUUCUAUCGCGAAAGGUGCCACUUUUCAAACGACGAAAGUGACCCAAACAGCAGCUACCAUGUCCUCAAGGGCAUUCUCUAA